GACCAUCGAGACGAGCACCCUCUUACACUUGACUAAGACGGAGAACUAAAACCCCUAGUUCUCUUGUCUCACGGAAUACAAGAACCCUAAGAAACCCCUUGAUUUGAUUUGGGUCCUCUGGGAUUGUGAUUAAGACAUGGAUAAUUCGCGUCCGAACCUGCUGGAGGAAGCGCUAGUGGAGGAUGUCAUUGGCAGUGUAAAGACCCAAAAGCGGGGGCGAGUGGUGGUGGUGGAGGACUGUGUUGAGACCAGCGCCGCUUUCGUGCUCCACCAUUUCCUUAAGCGCUCUCUCCAACCUGACUCCUCUGAUGUCGUCGUUUUCAUCGCCUUUGCCCACCCUUUCUCUCACUACGAACGCAUUCUCCGCAAAAUGGGUUGCAACUUAGCUGUGCAGAGGAAGAAUCAGAGGUUCUUGUUUCUUGACAUGCUUAUGCUGGAGUGUCCAGACAGAAAUGGAGGGGAAGCAAAAGAUGAUGGCUUGCUUACAUUGUACGGGGAAAUUGAGAAAGCAGUAGAGAUAUAUUCGUCGCUUGAAGGCAGUAGAACCAUUACAAUUAUGAUUGAUGACGUCUCCCUUAUGGAAGUGGCGGCUAAUGGUUCAUCAAAUCACGUGUUGGAUUUUCUGCACUACUGCUACACUUUGAAAGCAAAAUAUGGCUGUUCCCUUGUUACUCUUAAUCAUGAGGAUAUCUAUUCCAGUGCAAAUACACUGCCAUUAAUCUUGCAACUGGAGUACCUCGCGGAUGUGAUAAUCAAGGCAGAACCUUUGGCAACUGGUUUAGCAAGUGACGUGCAUGGGCAG